UUUGUCGACCCAUAAAAACUUCGUCGACACGUCAAAUGGCAAGCUCAGUAACGUACAGUUUGUUUGUGGGCAAUAUUGACCCUUCCGUUACACGAGACGCAUUGUCUGCACUGUUUAGGCGAUACGGCCAAGUAGAAUCAAUUUCUAGUCUUUCUUCAAAGGAUGGCUUCGACACACUAGCAUCGUUUGUCCGGUUUUUGUCUGAAGCAGAAGCUGACGCUGCUGCCUCGGCUUUGAAUGGGAUUCUCGUUAACGGACGACAGUUAAAGGUUAGAAGAGCCAACUCAAAGAAGGCAUCAUCCAGUCGAAACGUCACUGAAAAGACUGAGAAUGAUAGUUGGAGUCAAGAUGGUCAGCAACAGCGGCAGUCUUACGAAGUCUCUGAUGGUAGGCAUCAUCGUUCUGGAGUUGUCAAACAACGAGACAGACAAGUCGUUUCUUCUGGAUUUCGAGGAGGGAUUCGUGGUAGCCACAUGGGGUCAAUAAAUAGAGGUGGUAGAUCUCCUGGAACAUUGAGAGAAAUGAAUUGGUCUGACAUCGAGAGUACAGAAGGUGAAGCAAAGCGUACUGAGAAAGUGAUGGUGACCCAUGUUGAGAAUGGCUGUAUGUUUUGGGGAAUGAUUCACAAUGCUGAGUUAGCGGCAACGUUUCAGCAGAUGAAUGAUAGCCUCCAGGAAAUUUGUCCAACAGCAGAGGUAGUAAAGAAGCCUCUGCUCUCUCAGAUAUAUGCUGCUGUCUACAGUGCUGAUCAGUCAUUUUAUCGAUGUAAAAUUCAGAUGAUAAUGAAACAACAGGGAAAGGCACAUGUCUUCUUUGUUGACUUUGGAAACGUACAAGAGAUUUCAGUUGAUGAGUUGCUAAUGCUGCCAAAUGAAGUUCGUGCUAUACCGCCCAUGGCUCAGCACUUCAGACUUCAUGGUCUCCAAAUGAUUACAUCAGAGAUGGAAAAGGCGAAGGAAUUCUUGAAAGCCAAGACUGCUGACAAGUUGAUGACAGCUAACUUUUACAAAGGGUUGGGAGGUCUUAUACCAGUUGAACUGAUUGAUGAUGAUAACCAGAAUUUGAACAAAGAAAUGGAAGAGAAGGGACUUCUGAAGAACCAAGUAAAUGUUUCUGUUACUAAAGGACGAACGUCUGUAAGGAGUAAGGAGGCAUUGCUUACACAGCUUGAGACUGAUAUAGGUAGUCAGGACGUGAAGAUUCAUUCACUAAAGGAGGCUACGAAAACAGCAGAACUAGAUGUAAGAGCUGGAAAAGUUAAACAUAAAGAAGUAGAUGUUCUUGCUGCUGAAUUGCGCAAUGUUUACAUGGAGUUGGAAGCGCAAAAAGAACUCAACAGUCAGUUGAAGAAUGAAAAUGAUCAUAAAGAAAGAGAAUACAAACAGAAAUUGCAAGAAGAAAAACAGAAAUAUGAAGAACUUAUACAGCGUGAGCAGCAAAGACAUGAAUGUGAAAUGCAAGGUGAAAGGAUGACACAUGAACAGAUAAUGCAUGACGCUCUUCAGUCAGUUUUGCAAAGAAAGGUUGAGGCAUUAGCUCAACAAGUGAAGUCAGCAAAACUCAUCAGGAGUAGUUUGCCUGGACGAGGUGGUAGCAGUCAAGAUUUGUUGGAAGCAGCUAUUGAGUUGGUCACUGAUCCGGACAGUCAGAUUAGUACAAAUGGCAUCGAGAGCUUGCAGGAAGUUCAAGAUGGAUUGGAGUUACUAGAAAAAACACAGGCAGAGAUCAAAGAGAGCAGUGAUGGUGAAGUACUACAGAACAUGAUUGCUAUCAGAAAUGGAACAAGGAAGAAGCUUGUGGCAAAGAUUGCUGACUUUUUGGAUUAUGUGGCAUCACUACCUUGCGAUGUGAGAAAAGAGGAUUUAGCUGAUGCAAAGGCCAAGAUGAUGCAGUCAGUUAUAUAUGGAAGCUUGCUGCAAACUGGUUAUUACCAGCAAGUCAAUGUAGGAUCUAUGGCAGAUGCCGUAGAUGCAUAUCGUAGUUAUAAUUCCCAGCAAGAAAACGAACUGCGGAUUAUUCAGGAUGCUACUGUUUGUGCAUCGGAGGAUAUUUGCCACGUUUUGCAAAGAUUGAUAAAAGAUUUGUCAUUUGAUACCCCUGUGGAUGAGAUUGACGAUAGUGAUGAUACCUCAGCUCCAUUGGAUGAAUUAUUUGACUCGUUUGUGUCAGUUAUGGAUGAUGAAGUUGAAGCAAGCAAAAAGCUCUUCAAUGAUCCAAAUGAAUGCAUGAAAGCUGCUGCCAUAGCAGUAUCACAAACUAUAGACAGCGAGUUGAAAACUGUCAAGCAUCUCAAGGAUGAGCUAUAUCCCCAUUAUUCAACAUUAUAUGCAAGUCUUUCUCAGUGGCUUAGUGUUCAACCUGACGUGGAACCUCUCAUUGCUUUGAGGCGACAUAUGAAAACACUACGAAGAAGUCUUCGACACAUGGAAGUGAAUCUUUUUGAUCUUCAAGAGGGCGAUACUGCAGAAACAGCUGAAAUUGUCAAGAUUCAACAAGAAACUGCUGAUCUGAGAGUACAGCUUCAUGGUGCAUGUGAAGAGGAACACAAGCUAAUGGUGGAACUAAUGUGUUUGUCUAAAGAACAUUUUCCAGAGAUUCUCAUUCAACAUGCUGAUUUGGGCAUUGAUAGAUUUGAGAAAACUGGCGGAUUAUAUCGAUCAGGAUUGAGUCUUGAACACUAUUAUCGUCAUGUUAUUAGUUUACCAGGUUGUACUGUUCCUGUCAUGAAAAGCAGUUACAAUGGCCAGCCUUGUCUCAUCAAGGAAUAUAAUGUGACGGGAAUGUCUGACAGGGAACAACUGGAAAAAGAGAUUGUUUCCUAUGGUGUUGUACAUCAUCCGAAUCUUCUGGCAAUCAGUGCAUUGUUUUAUGAUAUGCCAGCUAUGAAGGUGUACAUUCAGACACCAUAUUUCAAUCAUUAUGAUGUGAACAGCUGGCUGCAGGAGGCUCCAUCUCGUGUGGCUAAGUACAGUGUUGUGACUGGUCUACUAAAUGCUCUUUGCUGCCUGCAUGCUCAUUCAUUGAUUCAUGGGUCGGUGUCUGUGGAUUCAGUUUGGGUUAUUCCUCAAGGUGAUGAGAUCAAUGACAAUGAAUAUGUGGGAGGUGUGAAGGGUCUGCUGACAGAGUUUAACUUUGCUCAGCCUGUUGUGAAUCGUGCUUCUUCUGUCGUGGGUGCCCAAGGUCAGAGUCAUUGUGUUUGUUCAUCAUUUGAUGUCUACUGUUUGGGUCUAGUUGCAACGAAGAUUCUUCACGUUGAGAUGCAAGAAGACCCUGUUGUUUCAGACUUUGUGACUAAAAUGUUGCACAACAGUCCUGUGACAAGACCACGAGCCACUGAUCUUAUCAGUCAUCAGUAUGUUCUCAACUUUCCGAAGGACUUAGAAGAUUCAGGAAAAGAUGUCAGUUCUAUAGAAACAGUGGAGCUGGCAAUGCAUGAUGCACAUGUUGAUGCCCAGCAACUUGAAAGUGAAAGAGAACAUGACGAUGAAGGAAUCAAAACAGAACAUGAAGAUGAACGAAUCAGUUCCAAUAAGCUGGAGGUUAGCUCCACCCUGCCUGAAGUUAGUGCCUUUCAAGUAUCCGAAAGCACAAUUGAUGAUGCAGCUGACGAGUUGGCUGUGUCACUGGGUGUAUCUGAAGCAGAAGCUGAAAGCAGUGAGAGCAGUGUUCUGAUGGUUUCUCCAGUGGAUGACACGUCAUCAAAACAAAGCCUUGACAAUGAAAGUACUACCAACUGAUUGUGGUAAUCAGAAAUACAAUACACACAAGGACUGCUGUUGAAGAUGUUGCGUUGAGUUGAUGAGAUUAAGAAGUACACAUUUUAGAGUACUGAUUUAUGGUCAAUCAGUAUGGAAUUUUGUAAGAGCUAGUUGUUUGAACUUGACAGUUAAUUUGAUGAUAAUGAUUGUAGCAGGCAUGUACGUCAUACAGUUUUUACGUAGGUGCAUGUAAGUGUCAAUAUUAAAGUCAAUUGAAGUUUUAGUUUAGAAUGUUAA